AUGCCUACAAAUCCAAUCAGCACCAAUGAUCGGAUCCAAGAUUUGGUCCUCGAUGAGAUAUUCUCCUUCGACCAGCUUCAAUCGCUUCAUUACCUCGGAGGCAGACUCCAAGAAGCGAUCAAUAUCCUUGCCCAAAACAAGAAGGUCCUCGAAGAAUUGAAGCAGUAUUUCCAAGAUAUCAUCGAGUCCAAGGAUUUCUUAUCCUUUGUAAACCUACAGGACUGUCUCGAGGACGUCGCUGGCUUUUUCCGCGGAAUUGACAAGAUCACACGGGAGAUGGACGGCCACCAAGCGCGAUUACAAGCUACACUCCACGAUCUAGAGAAGAAUAUAGUGUUUUUCAAUGCAAUUCUUGAAUACAGGAACACGCGGUUGGGGGAGUUGGGCCAAGAGCUAGCAAUGCAGGCCAAAGUCUCCACAGACAGCAUGCAUGUCAUGACAAUCAAGGCCAGAAGAGAAGCUGUUUCGAUGCAUAUCAUCACAAUAUGGACACUCGUCUUUCUUCCCGGCACAUUUGUAGCUGCAACGGCUAAGGGUAAAUCUAUCCUGUUGGUCGCGUCAAUAUUGGUGAUGGCCCAGAGCGAUACCCCGAUCGAAGACCAGACUCUCAAUCCCACGGCCGAGACACCUCCGUCCAUCCAAGCGGAUUUCCUGAAUUUGACCCCUACCGAAGACCAGACUCAGGAUCUCAUGGACGAGACACCUCCGUUCGUCCAAGAGCAUCCCCUGAACCCGAACUCGGCUCCUACCGAUGAAUUUGUCGAAUUUGUUCAGCGGAAGAAAAACGAAUACAGAGGAAGAGAUGGAAGCGGCAUGGAGCAACAUUACAUACCACACACCGAACUCCUUACAUAUUGGACAGAUGCAAGGAUCCAGGAUGUAUGCGAGAGCUAUGCCGAGGGCAUAGUCACCAGCCUCGACCUGAUCAGAGAACAGUACAUCCGCGUAUUCUCAACCUUGGUCUACACAGGGAACUUGUCUUAUAUUCCAGCCUUCCAGAAAAAUGAGCUUUGGGACCAAAGACUUCCGGCCACAACUCUCCCCGGGCCUUGGGAACAGUUGCCCUCUUACCAGGCCAUGUUCGACGACUUCAAAAGUCACCAGUGGACAUUCUUCCCUGUGAUACUCGACCGAUACAGCCUUGACGAUACAUGGCUGCCACCCGAACGAAUCCUCCCGAUUUGCGCUCAAGCUACGAUUAGAGAGCAGUUGCAUAGUGACAGAGCCGCCAUCACAAAGAUCCAAUUCCAUCCGUCAUGUAACAGUCUACUCAAGAGCGACGGCACGUCCACGGCACACCCGUCCUACAUCCUCAAAACAUAUCACGGCCAACAACACAAACAACACUAUCGGCACGAAGUGCAGGCAUUUGCACGAUUACUCCAGAACCCAACCUCCCUCGAGCAUGUCGUCAAAUGCUACGCUACCUUCCAACACGGAGAAACCUACAACCUCGUCAUGGAAUGGGUCGCGGGAGGUGACCUGCUCCAGUACUUGCAAAAGAGACGUCCACCACGGACUUCCGAAGACAUCUUAGACUUCUGGGAGAGCCUCUCGAAGUUGACUCUUGGUCUGCAUCGUAUCCAUCAGGUGAUCCCUUCAGGGGAGUCUGCACAUCAAUACCAGCUAGUGCAUCAGGACAUCAAACCGGACAACAUCCUACUCGAUAUACGUUCUCGGUCGCGACCGUAUCAGUUCUCCCCCAUUAUUGCCGAUCUCGGGCACAGCAGCAUUAGGGAUAUCGGAGCCGACACAUCCGAUAUCCCUGCAGUCUACCGUAGAGGCAACCAAAUAUACUGUGCUCCCGAGUCCAUCCAUCAUUCGGGCAUCAGACGGAUUGGCCCUCGUGGCAUUAAAUGGGACGCCGACAUCUUUUCAGCAGGAGCUCUCUUCAGUGAUGCUGCAUCAUGGGUUGCAGAAGGCGAGGAUGGAAGGAAAAGAUAUUUUCAUCGUCGCCGGGAGGAGCUGGAAAGCAUCAAGGGUUUUGCCAACAGUGGUUAUGAGAAUGCCUUUCACGACGGUUUUGAGCGGCUCGCUUCCGUCGAUGAGAUGCAUCGCGACAUUCGACGCAUUGUUCCUUCUCACGACAGGAUGACGCCUCGUGUGUUGGAUAUAAUCGAGAAUCACAUGCUGGUCUCCCACAAAGAUCGUUUACAAGCCAAUCUUCUCUACAGCAAGUUCGAGAAGGAAAUUCAAGACGCAAAAGCGGAGCUUGCGCUCCCGCCAACUUCGGCGAAGCAUAUUCCUCAGGUCUCUGAGGAUCCUCUACGAAACACAUUAGAAGCAGGUUCCAUCCUCUCAAUGCAAGACGCAGCCGAUUGGCGGAAAGCGAUGAAAUUGGAGGGCCAUGUCAGUUCGACACAGAAGAAGAUGAUCGAGGAAUUGAUCGAGAGUUUGGGACGGCGCGACCUCCUCAUUUUCAUCGACGACACAGAGUCUAUGAGGGAACACUCGGUUCAGAUUGAGGUGGCGUUUCAGACCCUUGCUUACAUCGCGAAGACCAUGGACCCUGAUGAUGUGGAGUUAAGCUUCGCUUCGAAGCCACUUGAUGUCAUCAAGAGUAGGAAGACGACCGUGCUUCUCGAAGAAGUCAAACUCCACCUGAGAAACCAUGUGUCUGUCAAAGGGAGCAUCGAAAGCAGCCUGAGCACUUUGAUCAACGAGAAGAUCGUGGAGCGCCUCCCGGUCUCUAUUCCCUUAACUGGGCAAGUUCCGGCCUGGUACAAGCCUAUCACCAUCUUCGUGUUCACCGACGGCAAAUGGGGUGACGGACUUCAAGACGGUAAUGGACCGACUGUGCCUAUCAGCAAACUGAUGCAGGAGAUGAAGAACCGCGGCCUGAACAGAACACAUGUGAUGUUCCAGUUCAUUCGAUUUGGAGACGAUGAAAAAGGAAGGCAACACUUGGAAUAUCUGGAUGACUUUGGAAAGGAGGAAGAGUGGGAUAUUGUUGACACACAGCACAUCCACGGCGAUAUGUACAACACUUUUCUUGCCGCUCUCACAGAUGAUGAUGUCACGGUCGCCAGUGAAAAGAUGAGCGAAAUUGGAGAACUGGGACUUGCCAUUCCUAAAGACAAAUCCUCGAAGGAGGAAGCUUCUCGAUUUGUGGACAACAAUCGGCGUCUUCUGAAACUGUUCUAUCUGGAAAUCGCUCGUGAAGUACAGACGGCGCCGCAAGCGGAGGCUGCCUCAUUCCUCAAGUCUCGAAGAAGGAGAAAAGCUAUUUCUUCAGAUAUUUUCCAGACAAUGAUCCCCGAUGAUGGGACAUCAGUACCCCUUGUACAGGAAGAAGAAGACCUUUCGAGACUCGACCAAUAUCUCGACACCUUAGUCGACCGUCAGGCAACAGACCAAACCAUGGGGGACGAACAGGAAGGCUCGAGUGACGAUGACUCAGAGACCGGUUUGGGUCUUCUCGAACCAUCCCCGGGUGCUAGUCUUCUUCAAGCGACAGGAGACUUCUUGGUUACAAGCCAGGCAUUUGCAUCAUACAAGCAGCGAUUCCAUGACUUCAUUCGCCCGAGUCACCGGAAGAAGCAGGAAACUUCUGGACCUCUAGCUCGUAGUGCCACCACCCCGGAUCCUCAAUUGUCAUUUUUCCACGGAAACACAGACGGGAUUGUAGAGUCAGAACUAGGAUUUUCGGAAAAGGAAGCCUUGAGGGACGAAGUUCCUGUGAACGAUGGCUACGAAAAUCAAGACGAGGGGCUUUCAGGAACCUUCUUCAUCUACCUCGCAAGAUGCCGGCAGUGGCUUGUUUGCAGCCACAACUCCAAUAUCGACGAAGGUCAAAAUAUGGAUAACUGA